CUUAGUGUAAUCAGGUGAAUUUUGCGAUAUGGCAGUUGACCAAUAAAGAAUAUAGCUUAGGCUAUUAAUAUUUAAUGUAUACAGUUGCCAUCGUAAAUGUAAUAACUUAUGACGAUACACAUUUAUAUAUGCCAUAGUUUUCUAAUUGCGUGAUCUUUGUAAAGAUUUUGAAAAUGUUUCAUACUACUAGAAAUAGAAGGUUAGGACGAUUCUAACAACAGUGUUUGACGUGUCAGUGCAAUUGCAAAUGGCGGGUACCAAUGGUGACAUUUCCUCGAUAGGGAAGAAAAUCGAGAAAUUGGCGAUAACCGUGGAAGAAUUGGCGAAAAACGAAAAUGAGACAGAAACUGGAAAGAAUUUGGAACCUCGACUAUGGGGUUUCGAAACCAGGGAACUAUACAAAAUUGCCGUUAAUUUCUACAAAGAAAAGGAGGGUAAAGCUGUUCAUCUGUCCUAUGAAGACAAAUUGAAACUGGUAGCUUUUACUCAACAAGUAACACAUGGCAAAUAUACAGCAGAAAAUGCACCAUCUUUGGGUGUGUUAGAUGUGAUUGGAAGGGACAGACGUUUAGCAUGGCAAAAUCUAGGAGAUAUAUCAAAGGAACAGGCGAUGGAGGGAUUUAUAGUUUUGUUAGACAAGCUGUGUCCCUUGUUUAGAACCGUUGUCGAAGCUCAAAGAAGAGAUAUCGAAGAGAAGUUGCGGUUGAAAAAAGAGGAGGAAGCAAGGAAAUUAGAAGAAGAGAGGAGGCUGAAAGAAAUAGACGAACAAAAAAAGAAAGAAGAGGAAGCUAGAUUAAAAGAGGAAAUACAGAGGAGACAAAUUCAAGAUGCCUUAAACCAACAAACAUAUUAUCAGUUCAAAAUGUAUGCGGAGCAACAAUAUCCUGGGAAUCCAGAACAACAAGGUGUAUUAAUAAGGCAGUUGCAAGAACAACAUUAUCAUCAAUAUAUGCAACAAUUGCGUCAAAAUCAAUUGGUCAUAGAAGAUCAAAUCCCAGAAAUGAACACUGCCACAAUAGAAACUUCUCAAAAGGAAGAGCACAAAGAAACAAAUGAGACAGCUCCUUUGAACGAGGAAGAUUCGGAUGAAUUGCAGGAUGAUUGUCCGCCUAUAACUCCAGCAGAGAUGUGGACUAGGAAAGGUGUGGAAGAAUUCAAAGAAACCAUUAGAAGGGAAGAUGGUGAUGCAGUUAUUAAAGUUGGACAUGGAGAAACAGUAACUGUUAGAGUGCCAACACACGAGGAUGGUUCUUGUUUGUUUUGGGAAUUUGCAACAGAUGGCUAUGAUAUUGGUUUUGGAGUAUAUUUCGAAUGGUCAAAACCAGAAACGAAUCAAGUAUCAGUACAUAUUAGUGAGUCUGAAGAUGAGGACGAAGACGAUGAUGAUUAUGAAACAAGAGAUGAUUUAGAAAGUGGAAUAACAAAUAGUACAAUACAGUCUGACUAUAAACCAUUGCCACCACCUAUAAGUAUUAUAGUACCUAUUUAUAGGAGGGAUUCACAAGAAGAAAUCUAUGCAGGAAGUCAUAGAUAUCCAGGGCAGGGUGUGUAUCUUCUCAAAUUCGAUAAUUCAUAUUCACUUUGGCGAAGUAAAACGCUUUAUUACCGGGUCUAUUACACACAAAAUGGCUACGUGAAAAAUUAGCUUUAUUAAGGAUUCACUGAGCGUACAAUUGUUGAGAACUAGCCUGAUGCGAUGAUUUGCCGAUAUUGCUAGUCUGACUACAUGAAAAGUCCUAUAUGUUAUUUCUGUUUACUUAAAAAAAACGGCAAGUGUUUGCAAGAAGAAACAAAUAUAGCUAUUAUAAUUAUGUAAAGACACUUUAUUGUUUAAUGUGGCGAGCAAAGUGGGCACAAGUAAAAAUGAAAGGUUCCUAUCGUUCCCUUUCCCAUUGAUGUUUAUAUAU